GUGGGUUCUCGGGGGAGCAGUAUCUGUGAAGGAGGUCGAGAAGGUCCUUCGGUUGCAUGCCGAAAAUACGACUGGUAUCAUUAUGUCGCUGCAACACCGGAAUCUCGACCGGAUAGUAAGAAAUAUAAUUGUAAAAGCUGUUUUGUGAUAAAAAUUUUUGAUGUGGAAAAUAUGUUUUUCUUCGAUCCUUCCACGGAGGAAUGCUCCCUACUUUUUUUUGAAUCGAAUUUUUUACCGAUAAUCAGUUUGUUUGCUCUUUUUGAGGGUCUGUAUUAUCUCGUUCAUUUGCUGCUUUUGAUGAUCGUUGCUUGCGAGUAUCUCGUCCUCUUGCCUUAUGAAGAACAAGUACGGCCGUCACUGCUCAUACCCGUUUAUUAUGUUGUUGGCAUUUAUUUGAUUGUCUGCAUUCUUUAUCACUAUCGAAAGGCCUGCUCCGUGGAUCCUGGAAGACCGAAAUUUUCUGAUGCGGAACCACGCUGUGCGGUGUGCGGUUUUUAUAAGCCGGAAGGGACGCAUCAUUGCUCAAUUUGUGGUCGAUGUGUGCUACAAAUGGACCAUCACUGUGUCUGGAUAAAUCAGUGUGUCGGCCUCAAUAACCAUCGCUUCUUCCUCCAGUUCGUUCUCUACGUUUGGUUUGCGCAGUGUCUUAUACUUCUGAUCAAUUACACCUCUUUCUGGGAGCAUUUCUACUCAGCAAAUGUUCGUCUCUUUUUCAGUUUAAAAAAAAAAAAUUCGCUUAAAUUACUUUUCUGGUUGGGUUUGAAUGAUGUCUGA